AUGCUCAAUGUGCGCAUCGCCUCUUUGCCCGCGGAUCGGCAGACAGCUGCGAGAGACUGCCGGCGCUGCAUCAAGCGCCGCAUCAAGUGUGAUCGGACAUUACCGCGAUGUCGCAAGUGCACUAUUCGCGAGUAUCAGUGCCCUGGCUAUGAUGCUGUGCAGUUAAAAUGGGGCUCUGGGGACAAAAGAGUCCGGAAAUCAUCCGUGGCAGGACCACUGUCUGAAGAGUUAAAUAGCACUUUGGAGGUGUCCAAUUCGGUUCAGAACGAUGAUGCAUCGCGGCUUCGUGCGAUUCCGCCGUCUUCUUCGUCGUCAUCAACACCAUCGUCCUCGCCGUCGCUGAGUGGAUGGGAGAUGAUCUCUUCUGAAGUCGAGGUCCGUCAGAUGCAGUCAUCAAUCUCAACUGCGACAAGACCUCCUCCCAUCAAUGCCAGAUCUUUGGUCGAUCGAUUCACGUCGCAAAGCAUAUCGCGGAACCUCUUCACUCACUUUAAUAUCAAUGUAUGUCCUCGUUUGACAUGGGUCGAUCAGCCAGAUCAUCCGUGGCGUAAAGUUAUUGCUCCGCUUGCACAGCGAUCAAAGUCUCUCGGCCUCUCGAUUCUCAGCGUCGCGGCAGCUCAUCUUUCAUUCACAUCCACGAACCGUGUUCCUACGCCCGACUUGAAUCGUAUCGCGAUUAGCAAUCGGCUUCGUGAUCAGAGUCUACACCAGCUGAAUCAAAAGAUCAAUCUCGAGUUGAUACAGGAACAUUCCAUGAUUGACUCUUCCAUCCUUGACUCUACUUUAAUUGAAAUUCUUGCAACCACUCUUGUUCUUUGCUACGGUGAGAUGCUCAUACCGAACUCCACCGAUUGGAACCUACAUCUUCACGCUUGCCGCGUCCUCAUUGAGCGAUAUUUGUGGCGCAACAACCAGAGUCCCUCGCAGCGAAAUCCCGUGGUUGAUUUCAUCAUCCGAGAAGUGGCCGACAUCGAAGUUUACCGAAGUAUUGGCGCCUUCUCCGCUGACCAAACCUACCUGGCGGAGGUUUUACGCCCUCAGUCAAUCAUGUUGGAGGGCUCUCUUCACACAUUUACAGACUUAUUCCGUGAGAUUACCGUGGAAGAACGCCGCAGACAUGCAGCUUUCUCAAACUUCCAGCAGGAACAACAAGCUUUGACACUUUCUCGAUCGCUGGCGACAUUUUCAUCCUCGGAUUUGCCAUCACCUCCCGAUAUGGCCUCCUGGCGGGCCAAGAUCGAACUAGCUUAUGCGCGAGCCUCUACCGACACGGCCCGCAUAGUCACCGCACAGGGAGCCACCACGCAAAAGUGGAUGGCCGCGAUCGUGCGGGCCGUCUACCACGCUACUUUGAUCUACGCUUAUCAGACCCUUGCCUCUAGUGCCGAAGUCGCCGCCGAGGUUGACGCUUCCAUGCCGUCGCUGUGGGCGGAACUUGAGCUUCUCACUACCGGUCCGACGCAUAGCUUUUCACACGAUAUCUUUGUUCCGUUGUUCAUUGCCGGGACCGAGAGUUGGGGUGAUGAAGCGCGACAAGAGUUGGUUGAGAGUCGCUUCCAGGAGCUGAUGACGAAGAUGGGAAUCUGGUGCAAUAUUACCGUCUUGAAAUUCUUGAAGGGCUUCUGGGUCACCAAGGAGUACCAUCGGGUUGGCGGUUGGGUUUCCUAUGCUCGGAUCACUGAAGCUGAGAACGGCCCCUUCUUUGUCUUUUGA